AUGGCUAAAAUCUUAGGAAUUGUUUCAAAGUUUUACGAUGAUUACACGAAGACAACAUCGAAAAAACUUAAGAUAAUCGAUGCUUAUUUGUUGUACAUAAUGCUGACUGGAAUAGUACAAUUUGCAUACUGUUGUUUAGUAGGCACAUUCCCGUUCAACUCGUUCCUCAGUGGUUUUAUUUCAUCAGUUAGCUGUUUUGUACUCGGCGUAUGUUUACGAUUACAAGCAAAUCCGCAGAACAAAGCACAAUUCAGCGAUAUAAGUCCAGAACGUGGUUUUGCUGAUUUUAUUUUUGCACAUAUUGUGCUUCACUUAACUAUUGUAAACUUUAUAGGUUAA